AUGUUGCGGUAAGUGUUUUCUAAAAUUUUCUUUCUAAAAAUAUUGAUUUUCUUCAAAAUUUUCAAUUUUAUUUUCAGUCUGAACCCUCCAGCGCUCUCCAAAAUGCACCGUUUUCUCAGCACUUCCAGCCCAUUUUUUAAGGCUGGACGAAGAGUUUUGGUCCCCGAAUAUCCUCUAAAAACGAAGCCUGGAAAGAGUGUCAGCAUCGAAUUGGCUGAGUAUAGUGAUUUGCCGCUGAUUACGGAGUAUUCGGAGAAAUCUUUCUCGGCAGAGGAACCGUUGAGCGUUGCGCUGGGUGAGUUUUUAUUUUAAAAGUAUAUGUUUUGGGAAAAAUAGAGCUGGCAGUUGGAAAAUAAGGCCAACAGAUGGCCUUCCGGAAGGACUAUUCAAAAAAAUAUUUUUUCCAAGCUGCGCCCGAGCUUUGACGCCUUGUUUUUCUUUGAUGGUUACAGACCCCAUUUGGCCUGAAUUCGCAAAAUAUCUUCAUCAAAAAACCCAAUUUUUUAAAGCGAAAUUGUGAAAGUUAGAACCAAAAAUAUAUUUUUUCUCUCGCCGACUCUCCUCAUUUUGCGUACUCUCUCGAAUUUUUUUGGAUGUCUUGGCUGCGCUUGCGAAGAAAAAGCUGAAAUUUUCAGUAAUUGAUUAUAGGAUUAUUUAGAUCAGUAUGGAAAAAUUUCAAGAAACUAGAAGGUCCAAUUUUUGAGAUGCCUUUACUUUUUUUAAUAAAAAUUUUUUAUUUUUCAAUUAUUUUAUCUUUCAAUUUUUCCACAAAAAAUCAAUUUCAUAAACGAAGAAGUUUUCCUUGCUGACUAAACAUAUUUCCAGGGGUGGAUCCAAAAGUCAUGAAUGACCAAUUGACCAACAAGGUCUCCAGUUUUUGCCUCGAUUUUCCAUUUUCGACUUUGGCCUUUGAUGGUGACAAAUUGGUCGCUUACAUUAUGGUUUCAUUGGAUAUUAUUGACGGAAAUCAUCCGAGACUUCCGAAGGAGAUCCCUGAAGACUUUGGACCAUGUAAGUUGCAAACAGUAUUACUGUAACAAAGAGUUUUUUCUUUUCUGUACAAAAACCCCAAAAUUUUGAUUUUUUUGAUAAAAAACGUUAAUUUUGCUUGAAAAUCUAGAUAAAAAAUGACUGAAACUGUUGAUUACAGUAAGGUUGUGACGUCUCUUACAUGUUUUUGCCGACUAUUCCAUCGAUUUUUUUCAGUAUUUGAAAAAUACGCCAAUAAAUUUGGAAUUACCGAUCCAAAAACCGCCGAUAUCACUGGAACUGUCUGGUAUGCGUGUGACAUGGUAGCGAACUUCCUCCCAGAAGGUGAGAAGCAUAUUGUGGCGCAUGGAGAGAUGGGAUCGGUCAUGAAAGAAUAUACUGGGUAAGUUUUUUGAGAUUUUUUGAGUGCUUGAGAGGAUUUUUACAUUGGCAGGCUGCGCCCUAGCCAAGGUGAUUUUAAAGCUGAAUUUGAGUUUAGUUGCUGGUUACAUUUGAAAAGAUGGAAGAAUUUUGCAAAAUUUGGUUGAUUUUAAAUUUUUUAUUUUUUCGAGCUGCGCCCUAUCUUUUUUGUUUUUUGCAAGCUGCGCCCUAGUUUCUCUUUUUUUUGUCUUUUUGUAAAUAAUGAACCAUAAUGGACUUACCUGGCCUAAAAUUACAAAAUUUUUUUAGUCAUUGCGAGCUGCGCCCUAUGUUCAUUAAAUUUUUGAUCUUUGCAGCUUGCGCCCUGGCUUAAAAAUUUGUACACUUUUGAAAAAAAGCUUUUCUCGUAAUAAGUGGCAUGAGCUACGGUUGCAGGAUAUCGUAUUUUUAUGUCCUAAGUUUUAAACAAGGAUAGGAAGCUUCGCAGCUUGCGUCCUCACUGUUUUUCCAAAAAUUCUCCAAUCCUGAUGAAAUUUCAGCAAUAAUCUUGUCGCUGCGUUGAUCGUCGAAGGAGCAAAACACAUUGCCAGCACCGGCCUUUGUGAUUAUUAUUACGGGACUGCAACCGCCGCUGCAACGGCUCAUCUGAACCCACAACUGGGCUUGCGCGAAGUGUGGUCGUUGAAGGUGAAGGACAUCAGUGUUGGCGGGAGAAGAGUCUACAAACAGGAUGUCCUGCACGAAGGCGCUGAUCGAAUCACAAUUAAUUUGGGAAAGAUUCAAGAUGUGGCCAACACGGAUUACCUCAACAAAAAGGGAAUUUUCUAA